CGGGAACAACAAAUUUGGCGGGAAAUUUAUCCCUUUCUAUAACCAUUUUACCGCGCGAAGCCGUUUCGUUUCAUAGUCUUCGCUGCACUAACAAAGACAAGAGAAAAUCAAAAUCACAACCAGAUACAAAGAAAAUGGGCGGACCACCGUACGAUUGCAUUGCAAAUCCUCUAGGAGCCGUCCGAUUAACAUUCGACAAAGCGAUCAGCUCUGGUACUCAACCUACCUCCUUCGACGGCAAAGAUUGGGGCGCCAUUGACCUCUUCCGUCACUUCCUCUUUGACCAAUCGAACCUCUCCCAGGUUCCGAUUCUUAAUCCUGCAAGUUUAAGAUGGAUUCAGCCAAACACACUUGUCAGAUUUCGUGGAAUGAUACAAGAUAUGUUAGGAAAUGAAUUUUAUGUUGGUGCUUAUAAGGAUGGUUCGGUUUGGAGGACGAACAAGUUCAUGGAUGUUUCUCAAUUUCCUAUUGGAUCUUCACCUGAUAUGCGAAUUUGGGAGCGCCGAUUGUUGUACUGCGUUCCUGUUCCAGGGCUGAAUUCGUGGGCUGAUUCUGCCUUUGAGGUGGCUGGGGAUACAUGCAUGAAUUGGACAUCCCAACAAAGAGAUAAGCGUGGGAGAAUGGACUUUGAAGCUGCGGAUCACAAAGAUUCACAUGUUAUAGGUGAUGAGUUUGAAGAUUCUCGUAGUGAAAAAAGGAUGAGAGAGGACGGCCAUCCUUCUCCAUAUUCAGAUUCUCAAGACUGUAAAACUGCAGGAGCAUGUUCUAGCAAAAUUAUGUUGUCAGAUAUUAAUAAAAAUUCUUUUCCUUGUCUAGUUAAGAUAUACGAUUCUCCUGAGUCUGAGUUGAAGCUGAAUGAUGUUUUUGAAUUUGUUGGGGUUCUUACUUUAGACUCAGACCUUGCAAUGGAGAAGGAUGAUCAUGAUGACUUAUCUAAUGAUUUUGGAGAUGAUGUGUCUAUUCAUUUGCCACCCAACAAGGUGCCACGCCUCCACUGUAUUAUUCAUAGGAAGCUUGCAGUUGCUGACUUUCUGCAUUCUUCCCCCAUAAUUGAGCCAAAACCUCAUUUUAUCAAAGCUAUAAGGGAAGCUUUGUUGAGACAUCUUACAGCUAUUCUUGGCAAUGACGGCGUAGCAGCGACUUUCAUGUUGUUGCAUCUUCUAUCCAGGGUACAUGCUAGAGUAGACAAUGUUGCAGUGGGGAAACUUUCAUUAAAUCUCACUUGUUUGAGCAAAGAGAGCAUUUCUAUAUUUGGCACUCAGCUUAGUAUCGCUGUCAAGAACCUUCUACCUUUUACAUCAUGCAUACCCCUUACUGUGGAAUAUCUCAACAGGAGUUCUCUUGCUCCCAAAAAGGAUUAUCAAUCAAACAGACUGAUGCCUGGAGUUCUGCAGCUUGCUGACGGCUCACACUUGAUUAUUGAUGAGACCCAAUUGGAAACAGGAACCCUUAACUCUGUUGGGGUUGACAAUGCAAGGUUGCUGAAAAAUUUAAUAGAGUUUCAAAAGGUUGAGUAUGAUUUUACAUACUAUAAGAUGGAGAUGGCUGCUGAUGUCCAAUUGCUAAUAUUGUCGGAAGGAAAAUCAAAUAUCUUACCCGCUGAUAUAAUUAUUCCCUUCCAACCUUCUUCAGCAAGUUCCUCAGAAGUUGUGGUUACAGACAGCUUGAAUGCUUGGAGAUGGUACUUGGCUACUGUCAGAUCAUUGCCACAUUCUAUCAAGUCCGAAAUUCAAAAGGUGAUAGAAAAUGACCUGGUUGCUGCAAGGCAGGCAGAUCGAAGCUUAGGCAGCCAAGAUUUUAGCAGAUUGUUGACAAUGGGCCGCCUAAUAUCUGCAAGUUUUGGUGAGACCUCUUUGUCACUGGAGCACUGGCAAAUGGUGAAGGAGUUGGAGAGGCAGAGGAGGGAGAGACUGACGUGAAAUAUAUAUCCCAAUCCAAUCCAUUUCGAGAUACUGAGGAACAUGUAAAACCAUAAGUCCAAUGCUUGAAAUGAAAUGAGAUUGAUUGAUGUUGUUAA